UCACAAAGCUGACUGCUACAUUUUGUCCUUUCGUAUUAAGUGUUUUGUUGAGAAGUUUGUCUUUUCUUUACAGUUGAUCCUACGCAAUCGUGUUGUUGUAUGUUCCUCAACUAAUAUGUGCAGUCCGCACUGAACCAUACACAAAUCGUUGAGCAAUGGCGUCAAAAGUGAUUCUCAAGUCACUGCAAAGAAUUCAUGUCUACUAUAUAUAAUGGAAGAGUAUCAUUCAGAUGUAACGGGAAUACAUUCGUCUACGCGCAGGGGAUAUGGAAUUGGCGUGAAACUGUGGAUAGUUCCUUGGUUCUAUUCAAGCAGAGCCAAACACAUAGCAUUCUGACCAUGUAGGAAUUAGGAAUUCACCUUUUUGUUCUUUGGUGCGUUCCUCUCUGAAUUACCUGUACCAUAUGGUUCCCCAUCACUGUACACUAUACCUUGCUGUUAGAGGUGAUUUUCACGUUCUUCUCUGUUAAAAAGUACCUGUACCAUCUGGUUCCCCAUCAGUGUACACUAUACCUUUCUGUUACUGUUAGAGGUGAUUUUCACCAUUUGAGUAUUACUAGUCCACCCUGUACGCUCAAGAUUGUCGAGACCUGAGAUAGCAAGCCACCAAAAAGAGCCCUGUAGAUCAGUAGUAGAUGCCACCUGUCUCCUGUACACGUGUCGCAGAUGCGACUGCAGAGAUGUCGAGAUGGAACAUGACCUGAAUCCUCAGAAAAGUGUUGCGUACGGUAGCGAGCUGUUAGGCGACAGCUUCUGUGAUCCCAAAGCUUAUGAUACAUACUCCCUCCAUACCUGAAAUUCUUUAGGAUAUAAUUGUGCUUACCAAGGAGUGACUAAUUAGGGGGUAUUUUUCCAUGUCUGCCCCUAUUAAAUAUGGUUGCAUGUGCAUCUCAUACAAGAAAGGGGGUAUUUUUCCAUGUCUGCCCCUAUUAAAUAUGGUUGCAUGUGCAUCUCAUACGAGAAAGUUACCCAUCUCAGAUGGCUAGUGCACUGAGGCGUGAGAGUGGCGAGCUGGGAUUGAUUCUUGGCAGCCACAAAUUUUUUGCUGGGGGCUUCAUUUGCAUGGGAUUUUUUGCAUGGCAUUGUUGGGCCCAACGUGGCACGUUUUUGAGGUCAGUUUUUGCAAAGGAUUGGUUGUGGCGCGCGCACUGAGCCGCAGAAGUCGCUGGGCGUGUUUGUUUUUUCAUUUGGUGCUAUGGCCGUGUUGCACCGCUUGCUUAAACGCCUUGUUUGCGCGCGCUGAGCCUUGCUUGCUUGCUUGCUUAAACGCCUCGUCUCCUCACUUCGUUGCUCGCUUGCUUGCCGUGCUAGCUUGCUUCCUCACAUGGCUUAACUUUUUUCCUUCCACAUCUACGGCGCAAUGGCUGAGUCUUGCUUCGGCUUUGAUCUAAACGUCCGUUUAGAGGAUGAUGACGACAGCAACCUUCCCUUGGAUCCCAACAAGCAUGAAGGUGACGACCGCAAUGCUGGAUUUGAUUUGAACGAGCCUGAAGAUGACGAGCAUGGCAACGGAUUCGAUUUGAACUUGCCACUAGAUGAAUUUGGAGCUGUUGAUUUUGAUUACGUACAAAACCUAGCUGAACAAGAUGUUGAGACUCCCGUUCAAGUACACCCGCCGAAGCAUGACUAUCCUGAACAUGUUAGAAAACAAGUGUACCAAGCAUUGUUGAUGACAAACAAGAAUGGGAAACUAGGAAAGCAAGAUAUAACAAUUGUUGCCGGUCAAUUUGGAGUAAAUAUUCGAUCAGUUUAGAGCAUAUGGAAGCAAGGCAUUCUUGGAGUACAGUCCAUGGAAAGCAAAUAGGAUUUUUGUAACACUACAAUCUGUUGUGAAGGAAGCAAUGAAGCUUAAAGGUUGCAACAAUAUAAAAAUUCCUCACUUGCAGAAACAAAGACUAGAGAGGGAAGAUAGGUUGCCAUUGCAAAUCCCUUGUGAAGCUUCAUUGCUAGCCGAAGCACUUGCUAGUCUUGUUGAAACAAAUUAGAAGAUGCAAGUUAGUUUAUGUAAAUUAUUAAAUGCGUGUGUCUUAGGUUUGCAAUGGCCAAAUUGUGAGAUGCAUGUAUUGUACCUUAGUGCUCUUUGUUUGCUGCUUCUUAAUAUGCU